CUGGAGGCAUCGCCACCAGCUGAUAUUUUCUUUCCUCAGGACCAGCUGUUCAGGAGCAUCCCGGACCGGAGCCAAGCACUUUCAGGACUUGGAUCUGACCCGGCCCGGCGGCCCGGCCUGCGCAGCGAUGUCGGUGGUGGAGGAAAACCGGCCGUUCGCCCAGCAGCUCUCCAACGUCUACUUCACCAUCCUCUCCCUUUUCUGCUUCAAGCUCUUUGUGAAAAUCAGCCUGGCCAUCCUCAGCCACUUCUACAUAGUGAAAGGCAACCGCAAGGAAGCGGCUCGGAUAGCGGCCGAGUUUUACGGAGUAACCCAAGGACAAGGUUCCUGGGCAGAUCGGUCACCACUACAUGAAGCAGCCAGUCAAGGUCGUCUUCUAGCUCUGAGAACAUUGUUAUCACAGGGUUAUAAUGUCAACGCAGUGACCAUAGACCAUGUCACGCCAUUACAUGAAGCCUGCCUUGGAGAUCACGUGGCCUGUGCCAGGACACUUCUGCAAGCUGGAGCCAACGUAAACGCGAUCACCAUAGACGGCGUGACCCCCUUAUUCAACGCAUGUUCACAAGGCAGCACCAGCUGCACAGAACUGCUCCUGGAAUAUGGCGCCAAACCCCAGCUGGAGUCCUGCCUGCCUUCCCCUACUCACGAGGCGGCCAGCAAAGGUCACCACGAAUGUCUGGAAAUCCUGAUAUCCUGGGGUGUAGAUGUUGACCAAGACAUUCCCCAUCUGGGAACCCCUCUGUAUGUAGCUUGCAUGUCCCAGCAGUUCCAUUGCGUCCGGAAGCUUCUUUACGCUGGCGCUGAUGUACAAAAAGGCAAAUAUUGGGAUACUCCAUUACACGCUGCUGCUCAACAGUCCUGUACGGAAAUUGUAAACUUACUGCUAGAAUUUGGAGCGGACAUCAAUGCCAAAAACACAGAUCUUCUGCGACCUGUCGAUGUGGCGACUUCUAAUAGUUUGGUGGAAAGAUUAUUGCUUCAGCAUGAAGCCACCCCAAGCUCUCUAUGCCAGCUCUGCAGACUCUGUAUCAGAAACUACAUCGGUAGACCAAGGUUACACCUUAUCCCACAGCUCCAGCUGCCAACGUUGUUGCAGAAUUUCUUACAGUAUCGAUAAGGGAGUAAAACAAUUCUAAACGUCUGAAAAUCAGAAAUUUCUAUUUCAUCUGCAUAGUGUAUAUUUCAUAUUAAAACAUGCUAAAGAGAUGGUAGAGAUAUGAGAACACCCAGGAAGAAGUGAAAUAGCAAUUUUAGUUAAAGUGUACUAGUUCAUAGUAUGUUUUAUGCAUUUUUACUGUUUUUGGAGACUAUAAUAUGUUUAAAGUAUCUAUGUGAACCCCUACCAAAAGUAUUCAUAUAUUUUUGAAGGUCUAUAUUCUUCAAUUAAUGUUUAUGCUUUUAAGUUUUGGCCUCUGUAAUUGAUUAUUUCUGUAUUGUUGAUAUUAAUACAAAAUAUGAGUAUGGUUUAGAAAAGAGCAGCUCAUAUAUUUUUUUGAAAUAAACAUGACUGUCAUUCAGGAAACCCACUAUGUUAAUUGUUUACUUAUCAUUUAAUGAUCAAUUGAGUAAAGAAAAGACAAAUUGCCUCUUUCCUGCAAAGGUCCCAGCGAUCACUUCACUGCCUUAGGUAAACCUGUUUCAGAAGCUGGCAGGACUAGAAUGAUCACUACAGCUGUCUCACCCUGAGAAGUCUGGAGCAUUACACACUUCUCAGUGUAUUUGAAGACCCUUUCCUACUCAUGAGUGGUCUCUCAGGGUCUCUCUUCUGUGCUUUUACACAUAUCACCCCAGCCUCCUCCAUUCAGAGGCUGCCGGGAGCUGGUGAGACUUGGACCAGGAAAAUGAACUUCAUAUCUAGUUGAUAAAGAGGCCCUGGGUCACACUCUAGGAAUCAGGGGGGCCCAAGGCUGUAGAAAGUGGAAGAUAACAAGUGCCUUAAAAUGUGGGGUUUUCAAAGAAAAGGAAAAAGGGUAUUACUUAGCAAACAUAGAAACCUUAGGAAAUGUCCCCAUCUGUGGACCUUCAUUGUGGUGUUUCUAAUUCUUCCGGGCUCAGCAUAGACUAUACUGUAAAGGGAUGCUGUACAUAAGAAGGUUUCCUCUGUGGGGGUUUAUUCUCUUCUGCUUAAUGUAUUUGAGUGCAAUAUAAAAAGUAAUUUAAAAAAUAAAAUUAAACAUUUAAAAAAACCUCUCUGUGUCUACUUUGUAGUUUAAACUAUUUGAAUUUAUAAGAUAAUAAGAUACUUAUAACACUGUGUAAAGUAGAAGAAAAUACUUGGAUGAGUCCUAUAAAUUUAUCAAAUUUUGAUAAAGCAUUUUGAUAGCCAGGGGCCUUUCCUUUUUACUUAAUUCUUGACUGAGUGCCAGAGACCUGUGGGAAAUAAACUAUUAUUGUAUAUAACCCCAAAGUUAUUAAGAGUACAUUUUUAAAGAAUCAUUCUAGAUUUUCAAAAGUCAGAAUAAGGUUGUGGCAUGUUUGUUUAAAAAAAUGUCUUCUAUGUGGCUAGAGACUUUUAAAUUUGUCUGUUUUACAAAAUAUCUGUUUAAUAAAUUUGUAAUAUCCUCAGAAUAAUAUGCAUUUAACCUUUUUUAUUAUAGAGUAACCCUAUUAAACAUAAUCACAUAUUAAAAUUGCUUUUCAGUAAAACAGUGCCUACUAGUAUUUUUCCUGAGCAAGAAGUCAUCUUAGGGUACAAGGCAUCCCUUUUAAUUGGUCUUAUGUCAGUAAGAGAAGCAAAUAUCAAAUAUUAAAAUAAAAAUUGACACCUGGAAAGUUUUAGAGUGCUGAUACCUUGUAUAUUAGCUUGAGUAUGAUUAUCGUAUCAAAGAACUGUUCUAAUUUAAACAUAUCAUAUGUAUGUUACUAUAUUAAAGUGUGAUGUUUAUCCCUGGAAUAAACCAGUUUUUUUUUCUGUUCUAA